CGCCCAAUCACAGCGCAGAACAAGAAGAAGGAGAAAAAGACCAAUCACAGCGCAGAUUGCUCAGAAAAAAGGCGUGGCUUUAUACGGAAAACGGUUGGGGAAACAACCCGGGUGAAUCAUUGCGCCCGUUUUGCGUCAGCCCAUAAGAGCGAGCGGUGUGGUGAUGAACCCGAAGCCGGGGAGGUGUUCAGGGAAAGCGGAGGCACUCACACGCAGCUCUCGGACAUGAACCGCUUCUGCAGCGUGGAUUCCUCCGACCCCGUAUGGGACUGGAACCGCACAUGGCGCGCUCAAAACCCAGACGUGACGCCGUGUUUUCAGAACACCGUCCUCAUCUGGAUCCCAUGCUUCUACCUCUGGCUGUUCGCACCUUUUUACUUCCUGUACCUCAAAAGCCACAAUCGCGGCUACAUCUGCAUGAGCCGCCUGAAUAAAGCCAAAACCGUCACUGGGUUACUGCUGUGGAUGAUCUGCUGGUCAGAUGUUUUCUACUCUUUCUGGGAAAGAGGUCACAGGGUCGCGGUCGCACCUGUUUACCUGGUCAGUCCCACGCUGCUCGGCAUCACCAUGUUGCUGGCUACGUUUUUCGUCCAGUACGAGCGGAUGAAGGGCGUCCAGUCCUCCGGGGUGAUGCUGAACUUCUGGCUCGUCGCUUUAGUCUGUGCUACGGUCACGUUUCGCUCCAAAAUCCUGCAGGCACUCGAUGAGCCUGCCGCUAUAAACAUCUUCAGGUACACUACAUUCUACAUUUACUACGCUCUGCUAUUAAUCUCCCUCAUUCUGUCCUGCAUCUCUGACCAGCUGCCGCUCUUCUCCCCAGCCGUCAAAGACCCGAAUCCAUGUCCAGAAGCAGGAGCGAGCUUUCUGUCCAGAAUCAGCUUCUGGUGGAUCACAGGGUUGAUGAUGCGCGGCUACAAAAAGCCCCUAGAAGAGAAAGAUCUAUGGUCCCUAAAUCCAGACGACGAGUCUCAGAUGGUCGUGCCGCAGCUGGUACGGCGCUGGAACCACGAAUGCAACAAGGUCAAAAGGCCCGAAGACACGGCCGUGUACUCUCCUAAACGCUCGACCAAAGCCGAGAACAAAGACGGGCAGCCGGUCGAAGAGUCCGAGAUCUUAAUCUCGAAAGCUCCUCAGAAGACGCGCGAGCCGUCGCUCUUCCUCGCCCUGUGCCGGACCUUCGGGCCGUACUUCCUCAUCAGCUUCGUCUACAAGAUCAUCCACGACAUCCUGAUGUUCGCAGGGCCAGAAAUCCUCAGGCUGUUGAUCCAGUUUGUGAAGGACUCCAGCGCCCCCUCCUGGCACGGCUACUUCUACACGGCUCUGCUGUUCGUGUGCACCUGCGUCCAGACGCUCGUCCUGCAGAGAUACUUCCACGUGUGUUUCGUGUCGGGAAUGAGGCUGCGUACCGCCAUCGUCGGCGCCGUGUACAGGAAGGCGCUGGUGAUCACGAACGCCGCUCGCCGCACGUCUACAGUGGGAGAAAUCGUAAACCUCAUGUCUGUAGACGCACAGCGCUUCAUGGACCUGAUCACGUACAUCAACAUGAUCUGGUCCGCGCCUCUUCAGGUCGUCCUGGCGCUGUACUUCCUGUGGCAGAAUCUGGGUCCGUCAGUGCUGGCCGGCGUUGCUGUGAUGGUGCUGAUGGUUCCGGUAAACGCAGUUAUAGCCAUGAAAACCAAAACCUACCAGGUUGCGCAGAUGAAGAGCAAAGACAGCAGGAUAAAGCUGAUGAACGAGGUCCUGAACGGCAUCAAGGUGCUGAAGCUGUACGCGUGGGAGCUGGCCUUCAAGGACAAAGUGUCUCAGAUCAGAGAGAGCGAACUGCGCGUGCUAAAGAAGGCCGCUUACCUCGCCGCCGUUUCCACCUUCACCUGGGUCUGCGCCCCCUUCCUGGUGGCGCUGUCGACGUUCGCCGUGUACGUGCUUGUGGACGAGAACAACAUUCUGGACGCGCAGAAGGCCUUCGUGUCCCUUGCUCUCUUCAACAUCCUGCGUUUUCCUCUCAACAUGCUCCCCAUGGUCAUCAGCAGCAUGGUGCAGGCAAGUGUCUCACUGAAACGUCUGCGUGUGUUUCUUUCCCAUGAGGAACUGGAAGAGGACAGCGUGGAUCGCAGAGCAGAUACUGGCGCGCCUGAAAGUGUCCGGAUCGUGGACGGGACGUUCAGCUGGUCUAAAGACGACCCUCCUGCUCUAAAGAGGAUUAAUGUGUGUAUUCCUGAAGGAGCGCUCGUUGCUGUAGUAGGUCAGGUGGGUUCGGGAAAAUCCUCGCUGCUCUCAGCUCUCCUGGGAGAAAUGCACAAACAGGAGGGCUUCGUUUCGGUCAAGGGUUCGGUGGCGUACGUGCCCCAGCAGGCGUGGAUCCAGAACGCCACGCUGAGGGAGAACAUCGUGUUCGGGCAGCAGACGAAGGAAAGCUACUAUCGGAGAGUGCUGGAGGCCUGCGCUCUCCUCCCAGACCUGGAGAUCCUUCCCGGAGGAGACGACACCGAGAUCGGAGAGAAGGGAGUGAAUUUAUCUGGAGGUCAGAAGCAGCGUGUCAGUUUGGCCCGAGCGGUGUACUGCGGGUGCUCGGUGUAUUUGCUGGAUGAUCCGCUGUCCGCCGUCGACGCUCACGUGGGGAAACACAUAUUCGAGAAGGUCAUCGGCCCUCAGGGUCUGCUACAGGGACACACGCGUGUGCUGGUGACCCACGGGCUCAGCUUCCUGCCUCAGGUCGACCUCAUCCUGGUGAUGGAGGACGGACAGAUCAGGGAAGCGGGCUCGUACACGGAGCUGCUCGGCCGAAACGCCGCCUUCGCCGAAUUCCUGCGCUCUCACACCAACACCGAGCAGGAAGAGGAGACCGAGGGGGUCGGAGAGGAGGGAAGUGUGCAGGAAGAGCAGAAUGAGAAAUCUGAAGAUACGGCUCCACAGAAAACGCUGGAAAACGGAGGGCCGGCGGCUCUGCUGAGACAGAGCCAGGUUUCCUUAAACGCUGCAGGAACAGUGAAGCAGAAAACGGAGAGCAAUGACGUCAAAGAGCAGAAGACAAAAUCUACAGACGCGGCCAAACUGACCGAGGCAGAUAAAGCCAAGACAGGCAGAGUGAAGCUCGCCGUGUUCUGGGAGUACAUGAAAGCCAUCGGAGUGUGUCUGUCCAUCUUCAGCAUCCUCCUUUUCCUCGCUCAUCACGUAGCAUCUCUGGGGUCCAAUUACUGGCUCAGCUUAUGGACGGAUGAUCCGGUCAUUAACGGGACUCAGCCCAACAGAGACAUGCGGCUGGGAGUGUACGGAGCUCUGGGACUCUCGCAAGGCAUCGCCGUGUUCUGUUACUCCAUCUCCGUGUCUAUCGGUGGGAUCCUGGCGUCUCGCUACCUCCACGAGACCAUGCUGUAUAACGUCCUGCGCUCGCCCAUGUCGUUUUUCGAGCGCACCCCCAGCGGGAACCUGGUCAACCGCUUCUCCAAGGAGACGGACACCAUCGACUCGGUGAUCCCCAGCAUCAUCAAGAUGUUCAUGGGCUCCCUGUUUAACGUGCUGGGAUCCUGCGCCGUCAUCCUCAUCGCCACUCCACUCGUAGGCAUCAUCAUCCUUCCUCUGGGGCUCUUCUACUUCUUCGUGCAGCGCUUCUACGUGGCCUCGUCUCGGCAGCUGAAGCGUCUGGAGUCAGUGAGCCGCUCUCCGGUGUACACCCACUUCAGCGAGACCCUGCUGGGUACGAGCGUGAUCCGUGCCUUCGGAGUGCAGAAGCGCUUCAUCGGAGAGAGCGACAGACGAGUGGAUCACAACCAGAAAGCGUACUUCCCUAGCAUCGUGGCUAACAGGUGGUUAGCAGUGAGGCUGGAGUUUGUGGGGAACUGCAUUGUGAUGUUUGCUGCAUUGUUUGCUGUGAUGGCCAGAGACAGCCUGAGUCCAGGCAUCAUGGGACUUUCCAUCUCCUACGCCCUGCAGGUCACUGCGUCUCUUAACUGGUUGGUGAGAAUGUCGUCGGAGUUGGAGACCAACAUCGUAGCCGUAGAAAAAGUGAAGGAGUACGAAGAAACGGAGAAAGAGGCGGAGUGGAGACUGGAGAAAAGCUCCCUUCCUGCCGGAUGGCCCACCAGCGGCCACAUCGAGAUCCGGAAUUUUGGCCUGAGGUACCGACAGGACCUGGAACUGGCCGUCCGUGACAUCGACGUAACCAUCGAGGGAGGAGAGAAGGUGGGAAUCGUGGGCCGGACCGGAGCAGGGAAGUCGUCUCUAACCCUCGGGUUGUUCCGGAUCAUCGAGGCGGCUCAGGGAGAGAUCUCUAUUGAUGGAGUGAACAUCGCUGAGCUUGGCCUUCAUGAACUGCGCUCUCGCAUCACCAUCAUCCCACAGGACCCGGUUCUGUUCUCCGGAUCUCUGCGCAUGAACCUGGACCCGUUCGAUGGUUACUCUGAUGAUGAGGUGUGGAAAGCUCUGGAACUCGCCCAUCUCAAAACCUUCGUGUCGGGUCUUCAGGAGAAACUGAACCACGAGUGUUCCGAGGGAGGAGAGAACCUCAGUCUGGGUCAGAGGCAGCUGGUGUGUUUGGCUCGAGCUCUCCUCAGGAAGACGAAGAUUUUGGUUCUGGAUGAAGCCACAGCAGCCGUGGACGUGGAGACGGACGAACUGAUCCAGUCCACCAUCCGCACACAGUUCGAGGAGUGUACAGUGCUGACCAUCGCUCACCGCCUCAACACCAUCAUGGACUAUACACGGGUGCUGGUUCUAGAUAAAGGCCAGAUGGUGGAGUUUGAUUCUCCAUCCAGUCUCAUCGCAAAGAGAGGGAUCUUCUACAGGAUGGCCAAAGAUUCGGGUUUGGUCUGAUUUUUAUACAGAAAAGAAAAAAGAAGCAGUAGUCUAUCUGGCAUGAUCACUCCAGAAUCCACAAGCUAGAACACGACAGUUACUCCAGAAACCACGAGCUAGAACACAACAGUUACUCCAGAAUCCACGGCCUAGACCACGACAGUCACUCCAGAAUCCACGGUCCGAUCUAGACCACGACAGUCACUCCCGAAUCCACGGCCUAGACCACGACAGGCAUUCCCGAAUCCACGGUCCGAUCUAGACCACGACAGUCACUCCCGAAUCCACGGUCUAGACCACGACAGUCACUCCCGAAUCCACGGUCUAGACCACGACAGGCAUUCCCGAAUCCACGGUCCGAUCUAGACCACGACAGGCACUCCCGAAUCCACGGCCUAGGCCACGACAGGCAUUCCCGAAUCCACGGUCCGAUCUAGACCACGACAGUCACUCCCGAAUCCACGGUCUAGACCACGACAGUUACUCCCGAAUCCACGGUCCGAUCUAGACCACGACAGUCACUCCCGAAUCCACGGCCUAGGCCACGACAGGCAUUCCCGAAUCCACGGUCCGAUCUAGACCACGACAGUCACUCCCGAAUCCACGGUCUAGACCACGACAGUUACUCCCGAAUCCACGGUCUGGUCUAGACCACGACAGUUACUCCCGAAUCCACGGUCUGGUCUAGACCACGACAGUCACUCCCGAAUCCACGGUCUAGACCACGACAGUCACUCCCGAAUCCACGGUCUGGUCUAGACCACGACAGUCACUCCCGAAUCCACGGUCUGGUCUAGACCACGACAGUCACUCCCGAAUCCACGGUCUGGUCUAGACCACGACAGUCACUCCCGAAUCCACGGUCUGGUCUAGACCACGACAGUCACUCCCGAAUCCACGGUCUGGUCUAGACCACGACAGUCACUCCCGAAUCCACGGUCCGGUCUAGACCACGACAGUCACUCCCGAAUCCACGGUCCGGUCUAGACCACGACAGUCACUCCCGAAUCCACGGUCCGGUCUAGACCACGACAGUCACUCCCGAAUCCACGGUCCGGUCUAGACCACGACAGGCAUUCCCGAAUCCACGGUCCGAUCUAGACCACGACAGGCAUUCCGGAAUCCACCGUCUAGACCACGACAGGCAUUCCGGAAUCCACGGCCUAGACCACGACAGUCACUCCCGAAUCCACGGCCUAGAACACGACAGGCAUUCCGGAAUCCACGGUCUAGACCACGACAGUCACUCCGGAAUCCACGGUCCGACCUAGACCACGACAGUCACUCCUGAAUCUACGGUCCGGUCUAGACCACGACAGUCACUCCUGAAUCCACGGUCUAGACCACGACAGUCACUCCGGAAUCCACGGUCCGACCUAGACCACGACAGUCACUCCUGAAUCCACGGUCUGGUCUAGACCACGACAGUCACUCCUGAAUCCACGAUCUAGACCACGACAGUCACUCCCGAAUCCACGGUCUAGACCACGACAGUUACUCCCGAAUCCACGGUCUGGUCUAGACCACGACAGUCACUCCCGAAUCCACGGUCUAGACCACGACAGUCACUCCGGAAUCCACGGUCCGACCUAGACCACGACAGUCACUCCUGAAUCCACGGUCUAGACCACGACAGUCACUCCUGAAUCCACGGUCUAGACCACGACAGUCACUCCGGAAUCCACGGUCUAGACCACGACAGUCACUCCGGAAUCCACGGUCCGACCUAGACCACGACAGUCACUCCGGAAUCCACGGUCCGACCUAGACCACGACAGUCACUCCGGAAUCCACGGUCCGACCUAGACCACGACAGUCACUCCGGAAUCCACGGUCCGACCUAGACCACGACAGUCACUCCUGAAUCCACGGUCUGGUCUAGACCACGACAGUCACUCCCGAAUCCACGAUCUAGACCACGACAGUCACUCCCGAAUCCACGGUCUAGACCACGACAGUCACUCCCGAAUCCACGGUCUGGUCUAGACCACGACAGUCACUCCUGAAUCCACGGUCCGGUCUAGACCACGACAGUCACUCCUGAAUCCACGGUCCGGUCUAGACCACGACAGUCACUCCCGAAUCCACGGUCCGGUCUAGACCACGACCGUUACUCCUGAAUCCACGGUUGAGACCACGACAGUCACUCCGGAAUGUCAUCGUCCAUUCUAGAACACAGCUCUCACUCCGGAAUUAACCGUCCAUCGUAGAACACAGCUUUUGCGUCUGGAAUCCACCAACUGUUCUAGAACCCAGCUGUCACUCCAUAAUCCAGACUUGGAACACCGCUCUCAUGCCAGAAUUAACCGUCCUUCCUAGGACACGGUUGUGGGCGGAGCCUGUGGACAGAUGAUCUUUAACGAGCACUUUCUUCUCCUGCUGCUGGACGAGCUGUUACUGUAGUUUAUCGCCAUUGGUUAAGAGAAAAGCUCGACUUUUCCGCACCAAAAACGUUGUUAUAUUUAAUGAGAUUUUAUUUUUUAAGUACAAAAAAAAAAAAGAGAAGUUUAGUUCAGUUUAGUUUAUAAAUCACCGUCUCUGGACGUUUCUGUUCUCUGCUGGCGUGUCAGGGUCUUUAACGCGAGAUGUAUCAAAGGCUUUUAGUACAGUCCGAUCAAGCUUUGGAACAAAACAAGGCCUUCUCUCAGUCCAGUGACAUGUGGGCUGGAAUCCCUGAAUAACACACACACACACACACACACACACACA